CCUCUCCUUUUAUAUGUGUGCAGUGCUAUUAUGGUACUUACUAAUGGCCACUGUAAACACAGUCAUAGAGUUAAUUGUAAUUAAACCCAGGGAGCUUAAGAACAACUGCCGCAUUACAGCUGUGCAAUAUAAAACUAUGUAGAUGAAUGACUUUAAUUGAGAACAGAACACAUUGUUUUAAAUGUUACCUUGUGGUGGACAUCUCAAAUAACACAUGUCGUCGCCGUCCAAAGAAAACCAUGUAUCUUGGAAUAAAAUCUCUUUACAUUAACUUACAAUGAAAGGUGAAUGAAUACAGCUCAGCAUGAACACAGCAGACGUGUGGCUUCGGAUAAAUGUAGUCCAAACAAUGAACACAUCAGGCUUACUGUUCUCCAAACUGAUUAUGGUGGCUUUACCCAUUGCUCAGAUUGCCAUGGGUGCUGUGUAUCUCCAGGAGUGUCCCAAGCAGCACUACAUCCCUAUAUACUUACUGGUGUGUGGGGUGUUUAGUACGGCCCUAGGCUUGCUCACCUGCCUGCCCUGUAACAAAGACCAGGGAAUGGAUUUGUGCUGCUGUGCUUGGAACGGCUUGGUGUCUGUCUUCAUGUUCUGUUGGUUCAUCAGUGGCAGUGUGUGGAUCUACUCCAUCUACCCCCCCAACUACAAUUCCACUGUGGUGGGAGAGCCCUACUGCAACAAGAGUCUCUACUUGUUUGCUUUCUGGACCACCACGCUGACAUAUAUUUUGUUAGCAGGACUGUUGGUGGCUGCUUGCUGUGUACUCAUUUGCACGUGUUUCUGCAGAGCAGCUAACCAUGCCUGAUGUUUUCAUUCUCAGUCAAAUUCUCUUUUCUUCUUGUAAAUGUAUGAAAAUAUAUCAUCAGUGAUCACCCAACAUGUAAAAAUGAUAGGAAACUUAAUGUUGAAAAACAGUAUUUUGA